AUGAACAGCACCAGCAAAACUAAUGGCGACGAGAACAGCAACAGCAGCAUCAAAAUCGCCCACCGCGAUGACCUCUCCCUCCUCUACCGCAUCAUGCGCGUCCUCAUCCGGCCUCUUCGCCCCAAACUAGCUGGCAUGCCCAAGAAACCCUGGCCAGCAGGUUCUCCAAAGCUCUCACCACCGAGCCUCAAGAAUGUCACGAUCAAGGACCGAUCUGUCGAAAAUGUAUACCUCUACACCCUCGUCCCUACUUUAUCCAGGAAACGCGCACCAACGCACAGUGUCUAUUACUUCGCUGGCGGCGGCUUCCAAUCUCCUCCGUCCAAAGACCACUGGAAGCUAUGCGCCGCUCUCGCAGAAGACCUAAGCGCGACGCACGAGUUCACUGUUGUGUCGUACCCCCUUGCGCCAGAGAACACUGCUGCAGUAACACUACCAAUGCUGCACAGUCUACUGCGCGUGCUGAUGCGUGAGGCCGGCGAGGCGGGCAAGAGUGUUGUCCUAGCAGGCGACUCAAGCGGAGGGAACCUGGCGAUAUGUCUAGGAUUCUGGUGGGCGAAAGAGCUACAGCAGCCGUCGGCGCAUAUGCACAUCAAGGAUGUCGAAGGCGCAGCGGAAAGACCCAAAGACGCGCCCCCACCAUCCACACCCCUUAGUGUCUUCGCCAUGGCACCGGCAGUUGACCUCACCAAUCAAAACCCCCAGAUCAACGAGAUUGACAACUACGACCACGGACGUCGCGAAGAAAUACACUGGCUCAGCGACAAAGCGGAUGAUCCCUCCGUGUCACCCUUGUUCGAUGACUUUGAACCAGUAAAGCGCGCCGAUAUCCGUGUCAACGGCCUGGUGGGGACGUACGACCUACUCGCGCCGGACGACCAGCUGUUCAUAGAGAAGCUGAAAGAGCACCAGGUGGAAGGCGAGUGGAUGGUGUGGGAGGGUCAGAUGCAUUGUUUCCCAUUGGCGUUCGGGUAUGGGAUCAGGGAGAGCAAGGAGGGCAAAGAGUGGAUUGUUGGCGUCUUGAGACGGGAUGCGGAGAGGACGGACAAAUUGAAGAUCAACGGCAAGGGUGUGGAGUGA